AUGAUCAACGAUCACUCCAACAGCAGAAUGGCCACCGAACUUCCUACUCGCACCACAAAUGGUGAUGCCACCUCCCAAAAUGCUUCUGGCGAGUCCAACUUCACCGUCAAGACCGGAUUGGCACGCAUGCUCAAGGGAGGAGUCAUUAUGGACGUUGUGAACGCUGAGCAGGCCAAAAUAGCAGAAGAGGCCGGUGCCGUUGCAGUCAUGGCUCUUGAGCGUGUGCCCGCCGAUAUUAGGGCUCAAGGAGGAGUGGCACGCAUGUCAGAUCCUAAGAUGAUCAAGGAAAUUAUGGCUGCCGUGACCAUCCCGGUGAUGGCCAAGGCGAGAAUUGGCCACUUUGUUGAAUGCCAGAUCCUAGAGGCUAUUGGUGUAGACUAUAUUGACGAAUCCGAAGUCCUCACCCCCGCCGACCAUGCUCACCACGUCGAGAAGCACCCCUACAGCGUUCCCUUCGUCUGUGGCUGCCGCAACCUGGGUGAGGCCCUGCGCCGUAUCAGCGAAGGAGCUGCCAUGAUCCGCACAAAGGGUGAGGCAGGAACCGGAGAUGUCGUCGAGGCAGUUCGCCACAUGCGUACCGUUACCGCCGAGAUCUCCCGUGCCCAGAAUAUGUCGGAUGCUGAGUUGCGUAUCUUGGCCAAGGAUAUCCAAGCUCCAUUCGAUUUGCUCAAGGAGACGGCCAAGUUAGGAAGAUUACCGGUCGUGAACUUUGCUGCUGGAGGCAUUGCUACGCCUGCAGAUGCGGCCUUGAUGAUGCAGUUGGGUUGUGACGGUGUUUUCGUCGGCAGUGGAAUCUUCAAGAGUGGUGAUGCUUCAAAGAGGGCAAAGGCUAUUGUACAAGCUGUUACGCAUUAUAACGACCCGAAAGUGUUGGCUGCUGUCAGUGAGGAUUUGGGAGAGGCAAUGGUGGGCUUGAAUGUUAGUUCAAUGGAGGCCAAGGAUAAAAUGCAAGGCCGUGGAUGGUAA